UCCACUGUAAGCAGCGUGACAAAUCCUCAAUCUUCUUUCCUGUCUGUCAGAUUACACUCAGGGCGCAACACCCUCUGUAUCUGUAGUGACGUACGGGGUCGGAACGUGAAGCAUGGCUGGUGAAGGCGAAAAGAAACCUGUGCUGGAGAUGGUCCAGGCCGAUGGGGCUGAUGAAGGGUGUGUGACAUUUGUGCUGCAUAAUGAAGACCAUACACUAGGCAAUUCCCUCAGAUAUAUGAUCAUGAAGACCGUGGAUGUGGAUUUUUGUGGCUACACCAUCACUCAUCCAUCCGAGAGCAAGAUCAACUUUCGCAUUCAAACACGAGGCAGAAUUCCAGCUACGGAGCCGCUGCGGAGGGGCCUGAAUGAGCUCAGUGAUGUUUGCCAACAUGUUCUCAACACCUUUCAGGCGAGAGUCAAUGAGUUCAAAGAGAGGCAGGAGGAGCCGAUGGAAUGAAGAGCCUUUCGAAUGUUUGUCUGCGACGCUGCCAGACACAACUAAAGAUGGAUCCCCUUAAUAUCGCCCUUUUUUAUAUCUAUAUAUUUAUGUACAACUCCGCUCACUAAAUCAGUUGGUCAUGUCACAUUUAAUCACUUGUACAGUUUUCUUUUUUUUUCACACUAUUUUGGGAUCGAUGUGCGAUACGUAUGUUUAUGGAAUCUCUGUUAGAAAUACAGGCCAUUAAAUGAAAUCAAACAAUAUUGUUUUUCUUCUUUUUUGAUCAUUCUGACAGGAAACCUGAAAUUCUCCUCUCCCUCCUUUUUGAAGACGUAUUUGUCGGCCGUAGGAAGAUGUGGAAGCUUUAUGUCCUUAUUAGAAAAGGAAUGUGGUGGGUGGGGGGGAUUGGUGUGGUUCUAGGAAGACAUACGACUGUAAAUUAAGAGGGCUUAAUUUUUUUUUCUUCGAAGUUAAUCAUGUGCUGCCAGUCACAUGGGUCCAAAAAUGAAGCCUGCCUUUUUUUUCCAGCAGCACCUCUAAAGCUCACCAAACACCUUUUCUGUAGUCUGUUCCAUCAUGACAGACACAUCUGCUUUUUCAGCUAAGCUAACUGUUUCCUGCGCAUGGCUUCAUUUCUAGUGUCACCCGACAAGAAAACGAGUAAAAAGUAAAAAGAAGCAUAAGUGAAGGAUUUGGCUCAAAGCAAAGCACACAGGUCAUUAAAGUCAGCUGACCCAGUCACAACAGUGGCUCUUCUUAUUGCAAACAAAUGAAACUUUGAUUUGGUAGAAGGAAUGUGUUUUACCGUGGUCAUGUAUUCUUUGAUGACAGGAACUGCCAAUGUAAAUUUUAUGCUCAUUUCAUCUUUUUACUGCAUCAGCAAUUUUCAAGCACUCUCAGUGUAAGAGGACGUCCCCAAAACCUUGCAUGUCACAUGUUCAAAACCACAUCGCGUUGGUCCAACGGUCAACGCUGGGACACUGCUGUGAAGCAAAGUAUCUCUAGGCAAUAGAAUAACUAAGAUAAAAUAAGUGUUAUUUUUGUCUGUUUGAUGGUGCAGCUGAAGAUCAACAGGGAGAGAAUGACAUUCAGCAGAGGACUGUGAGUUGGAUUCAAUUGCGAGGAUGCUGCUGGACAUUGGUUGUUUAAUGUGGUUUUGGUAAAAAAAAUGUCCCGACGCUUUUAGUACAUGAAGUCCUCACUCCGGUCAAGUUUUAUUUAAAACCCAUUUUGUGUAUUUUUUGUUCACAAUCAAUAAGCGUUUCGUUGUUUUUCCUUCAGAUGUCUCAUAAUGCAGCACUUGUAAAGUUGUGAGUCUGAUUUGUUGCACUAAUUAUUACAUUUCAUGCAGUUA